GUCACGGGCUAACUCAUGGAGGGUGUUCAAACUUUGUUUGCACUUAGCGGUCAGGCCUUGCGCGAGGAAGCGUUUGUGCAUGCCAUUUGCCAUCAGAUGAGGGAAUUGAGUAAGGUUCGGCUCCAAGUUGUAUAAGAGGGCACCAUGAAUUCUCUGUGCUAACCCAACAACUUCUGAACUCAACAACCUCUACAUAUGGAUUUCACUCAUCCUCCUGUGCUAAUCGUAGGGGCCGGGCCAGUGGGCCUGGUAGCAGCGUUGACGCUCCUCCAGAACGGCAUCCCAGUUCGCAUCAUCGACAAAGACCCUAACCCUCGCAUCGGACAGCGUGGUGCCGCAUACUGGCCACGGUCCCUCGAACUCUUCAACUUCCUGAAUGUCCCAGAAAUCAACAAUCUGGCGACUCCAGCCCUUCCCGUCCGUUCGUACAAGCCCGGGACGAUGGAGCCUCUGAUACAGCCCCAGUUACUCCCGACUAUGAAACCUAACCCUGCGGUACCAUUUCAUAUCCUCAUGAUGAUGGGUCAACAACUCGUAGAUGUAAUUCUGAAAGGCCACCUUGCGAAGUUCUCUUGCUCUGUCGAGAUGGGAACAGAACUGUGCUCAUUUGAGCAGUCCGACGAGGGCAUUACUGCUGUUCUCGCGAAGAACGGCAUAUUAGAGACGUUCAAUACCAAGUGGAUGAUCGGUGCUGAUGGCGCUAAAGGUGUCGUGCGCAAGCAACUUGGGCUCACGUUUUUGGGCGAGACUAGACCCGGUGACCAACUUCUGACCGGAGAUAUCUGUUUGAAGAGCGAUAGUAUUGAUAGAGUGCAUUGGCACCAGUUUGGAAACUAUGCUGAACGAAGCGUGUUGUUGCAGCCAACAAAGGAAGUUGGAGAGGACGGCUGGCAAUUUUUUUUCUUCGGCCCUGAACUAGACAUGCCGAAGCUCGCUCAGAGCGAGGAGCUUGUCUUCGAGACCAUCACGUCCUUAAUACCAGCGGAGAUCACGUUCGACAAGGUGGUUUGGAUGAGCGCAUUCCAAGCCAAUAUCCGAAUGGUGGAUAAGUUUAGCGAGGGUCGAGUCUUUGUUGCAGGCGAUGCUGCUCAUGUCCAUAGUCCAAUGGGUGGCCAGGGACUCAAUUCAGGUGUGCAAGAUGCUUUCAAUAUAGGAUGGAAGCUUGCGCUCGUCGAAAAAGGACUCGCCGACAAGUCUCUUCUCGAGACAUACAGUGCCGAGCGUUUGCCUGUCAUUUCUGAGUUGCUCGACAUGACCACCACGAUUCUCGACAAGGCAAUCUCAGGAGAUUUCUCGCUCGCACGAACCCCGAAGCUUUUCAUGCUCGGCAUCAAUUGCCGAUUCAGCAACAUCGUCCUGGAUGAGUUUGUGCCUCCAGUCGAGGGCAGGCCUAUCAACGCCUACGGGGAGGAUUACGAGGGGCAUCUGGAGGCUGGAGACAGGGCGCCUGAUGCGCCCAAUAUGCUCCAGGUGGGGCGCGGAGAAUCCGAUGUGAAGACGCUUUUUGGUCUGUACAGACCCUGGUACCACACGGUGCUUGUGUUCGUGCCGAGUCUCGCUGAUGCUAGCCCGAUCUUGGGAGCACUGGAGGCAUUGGACAAAAGUGUCGUGCGUUCGGCAGUCGUUCUGCCCUCAUUGGCGUUAGCGACGGAUGUCGCAUCUCUUGCGGACCUCGUCCUUGUUGAUCAGGAUGGCCAUGCCCAUUCGGCUUACCUCGUGGAAGCUGGCAAGACAAAGGUGUUUGUGAUACGGCCAGACGGAAUGGUUGGGGCGAUUGUUCAUGGUGCAGAAGGCGUGAAGAAGUAUUUCUCGAAAAUAUUUUUGGACGCGUAGUAACCCGAAUAUCCCCUCUUUAGUAUUCACUCAUAUUUUCUUUACACGCACAAGUCAUCCCUGGUGUAUCACGUUUGUAACUGGAUUACGAUAUAGAAUUACACCAAUUUGUAGGAGUUCGAAAC